AUGUCUCUGCACAUUUAUAUCGCCCAUACGGGUGAGCAUUUACUUGCUGACCCUGUGUCGUUUGCUUCACCUGAUGCGUUACGAUCAUGGAUUACCCGGAAUACCUCAAUACCUGCCCAACGGCAGAUACUAAUGACGGCUCGUGGGAAGAACGUCAAGAUCCAAACCCUCGCCACAGAAAAUGAGAUAUUUGUGUACGAUCGGCGAUACGUUAAUGAACCGAGCAACGAGGAGCUCCCGCCACAGCUCCCCCCUCCACAACAAUUUACUCCCGAUAACCCUCCCGAUACCCUCGCAAACCAGAAUGACCUACAAUCAUGGCGGAAUCUAUACAUGACAAGGAGGACGUGGGCGUUGAACCUGUCUGAACGUUGCGAGUCCAUAGAUAAGAGUAUCCGAGAGCACAAUGAACGGACCGAUAUCAUUAACCGAGCUGCUGGUGUCGCUCUCGAGAAUCUCAAAUCGCACGUAGGAACUCUUGAAAAUCGGUUCCAGGAGGCGCAGUCCUGGGCAAACGAUUUAUUGAAGGAACAGCAGACGGCCCUCGACGGAUGGCAACGGGCUCUGUCGACCCUGGAGAACAUACCGGCCCGCAAAGAUUUCUUUUUCUUAGGGCGCCCAUCAACUCCCAAAAAGGGCGCAGACAAAUCUUCGGGGACACUACGGGAUUUCGUGGAUGUGGAUGAGGUGCAGAGAGCCGGGUCUGAAGCGCUGGCCGUGUCUCCCCGCUUCGCCCGCCAGGUUGAGGAUGUCGAAAAAGCGGUAACUGAGAUCGUGUCAGACACCCAACAUUUAGUGGAUGAUGCCCUGCCGUCAGGUGUGGAAGGAACAGAUGGAUUGUUUCAGGAAGUGGAAACCAUUGUUAAGAAAAUCAGUUCUGACUACGAGCACGUUCUUGCUCUGCCCAAUAACCAGAAGACCCUGGUGAAUAUGUCUAGACUUGCACUCAACCAUACAAAGGACCUCCUUCCAUCAUUGUUAGAGUUCAGUGCCGAUCUUCAGGCCGGGCUUGAGGAGGCCGUUCAACGAUAUAACGCUGCGAUGCAAACCACUCUGGACCAUAUGCGAAUUAUAUCAUCUGUUGAAUCGCGCCUUGCAGACUUGCAGUCCCGAAUAUUCAACUUGGAUGUUGGAAGUGAUGCCUUUGAUAUUAUGUUUACUGUUUUUCACAUGCCAAUGAUUUACGGGUCCGUCUUAAUCGAAUCGGCGAGACGGCGAGAAUGGAACGAUAAAAUGAAAACCGAUUCUUUGACCCUAGCGGAAGAAAUGGCUGUCUUUAGAGAUGAGGAACAGCGGAGGAGAAAAAAAUGGAUGAAGAAUAUGGGCGACUUCAUUUCCCUCCCCGAGACCUCAACUCCGGGGAUUGAGGUCAAUCUUCAGGGCCAGGAAUUUGAAUGGCCUGAAGUCAACAGAAAGGAAAUCGAAUCGUACAUUCAAGAGAUUAGAAUCAAGGUUGGCAUACCUGCCUUGGUCCAAGAGUUAACCCAAGCGUAUAAGGACUUGGAUGCGCCUACACGCCAACAAAAGCGCAGAGCGAAGGCUUUCAAACAAGGAAGUAUUUUCGACAUGAGCCGAAGCUCACUUUUACUUCGCGGGGAUGACAUGGUUAAAAGUCUAAGGGACGAAAAAUCUAAGUUGGAGGAGCGGCUGAAAGGUUCUGAGAGUCGUAUCCGGAAGCUGGAGGAUCUUCUCCAUCGCCAAAGCCAACUGGGCCGGCCGAUCAGCGGAAAUUUUGGGCCUGAUUUCCCUAGCUCGCCAGCAUCGCCUCACCCCGACACGCUUUCAAGACGAUCCUCCAUAUCUUCGCGGCACAUGCCAUCGAACCAGUCACCGGAGGACAAAGCACUUGUUCAACGUAUCGCUUACCUUGAGACAGAGUUAGCAACGGAAAAAGACACGGUCCAGAGGCUCCAAAAAGAACAUCACGCCGAGCGCGAGACCAGCACUUACAAGUUUCAAGAGGAGCAAUCUACGAAGAAAGAUCUUUUUAAAAAUCUUGAGGCUCGACAGCGCGAAUUCGAAGACGAACGCAAGUAUUUGGAGGACGAAGCGAAAAACUAUAGGAUUCGAGUAGAAGUGCUCGAGGAAGAAAUGGAUAGAAUAAUGGAGAGCCGGGAACAUGAAAAGCAGGAAUCCGAUGAACGGAUACAGCAGCUUGAGUUAGAUCUUCAAGAUACCCAUUCCGUCUUGGAGGAAGCGACGCAAAAGGCAAACGGCUUGGGUGGGCAGAUACAAGCCUACAAGGAGAGAGAAAAUACCCUUCAGGCCAGAAUUUACGCCCUUGAAAAGCUAUCGGCGGAGACUGAAAGGAGAGACCAGGAACACCAAACUGCCUUGGAAGCCAUCUUUAUGAAUCUAUCACCUGGUGGUUCUGCGCCCGCCGAGGUGACAAGCAUAACCAAGGCCAUCGAAGUCCUGUCAGAAGGCUUGUCAAUUCAUGCCAAGAACGCAGAAGAGAGUGCCACUAAAGCAAUAGCCGAGAGCAAGGAACUCGAGGAGCGUUUAAACCAGAUGGAAACUGAAGGCGAUGAGAUAAAGAAGGACUUGAAUGCCCGCGAAUCGGAUCUAUCUAGAGUGACAGAGGAGCUUUCACAAGAGAGAUCGAAGUUAUCUACUGUGACAUCCGAGCUGAGUGAUGAGCGCCACAAACUCAAGAGUUUGCAGUCCCAAAUUACCGCAGGUGAAACAGGCUCUGAUGUCCUUCGAGAACGAGUCGCGGAAGAAGAGCAGAAACUAGCUGCCCUGUCUAAAAAAUUGGCCGAUGCCGAAGUACAGGCUCGCCAGUCCGAAGAUGACGCCUUCUUGUGGAAGAAGAAACUUGAAGCAUUAUCAGAAUCAGAGCAGCAAGCUGCGGCCCGGAACGAGACCCGUAGUGAGAGGUCUCAGGAACUUUCAAAGCAGCUUUUCGGACAAGUUGAGAAAUUGGGCCGUAUGCUUGAACAGCUAGGCUUUACUGUUAUCCGGCACGAUGGCAAUAUCAUUGUCCAAAGAGCUUCAAAGGUCAACGCUUCUUCCAAUAUUGGUGACAGUCUUGCUCGGUCUGCUGUAGUCUCAGUAAAGCCGGAUCCAAAUAUUCUGAAUUGGUUGCAGGCUGAUAGUGCCGAUGAAGAGACUGAUAAAUUUAUGGUCUUCAUGGAAUCUUUAUCUGAAUUUGAUGUGGACAUUUUCGGAGACGCGGUUGUCAAACGUGUGAAAGAUAUCGAACUACUGGCACGCAAGUGGCAGAAAGAAGCCAGAGGAUAUCGGGAUAAGUACCAUAAGACCCAAGGUGAAGCCCACGAUAAGAUUGCCUACCGAUCUUUCAAGGAAGGGGACCUUGCAUUGUUCUUACCGACCCGAAACCAAGCCAUUCGAUCCUGGGCUGCGUUCAACGUCGGCGCACCCCACUAUUUCCUACGUGAACAAGAUGUUCAUAAACUCCAGACUCGGGAUUGGCUUCUUGCUCGAAUUACGAAGAUUGAAGAGCGGGUCGUGGAUCUAUCGAAGUCGUUGAACGGCCCAAAUCCUGAUCGUCGGUCAAUUGGAGAAGUCAGCGAUGGCACGUCCUUUGAUGACGAGAAUCCCUUUGAACUAUCUGAUGGCCUUCGAUGGUACCUCCUGGAUGCUACGGAAGAGAAGCCUGGUGCUCCAGCUACUCCGGGCUUGGGGAAAAGCACCGUUGCAUCAGCCCAUGUCGACGCGAAGGGCAGCAUUCGACUAAAGCGUACGUCCAACGGAGGAAACGUUGCCAAGACAUUGACAAAAAGCCUCGAUAGCCGACGAAACAGCUCUACUUCCAAACGGGGACCGCCGACGCCGUCCCAACUUGCCAACGAGUCUACUGCGGAUCUAGUACGGCCAGCUGAGGCAGAAAAUGGCUCUCAGCCACGAGAGGCGGCCCCUAUCUUCGACGAGUCUAUUUUGUCUCGCCGGGUCGAGGACAUGAGUGCGUCGUCUUCGCGUUCAGCUUCUGGUCGACGACCCGUCAAAUCACGUCCCUGGGAGAGACUCUGGUCUCUUGAUUACCGACUUGAGGGUGGCAACCGCUGA